AUGAACAACAUAACCCAACCACCCAAUCCCAAUAUAACCAACAUCCCACCCCUAACACGACCUCCCAACAUAACCAUCAGCCUGAACCAAACACUCCUCUCCCAACGUAACCAACAUCCCACCCCUAACACGACCUCCCAACAUAACCAACAGCCUGAACCAAACACUCCCUCCCAACGUAACCAACAUCCCACCCCUAACACGACCUCCCAACAUAACCAUCAGCCUGAACCAAACACUCCCUCCCAAUGUAACCAACAUCCCACCCCUAACACGACCCCCAACAUAACCAUCAGCCUGAACCAAACACUCCUCCCAACGCAAUCACUGGCAGGGAUGACUGCAGGCGGGAUAGGGCAUGUUUCUCAGCUCCACCUUCCUGUAAUCCAGGGUCAAGGUGCCACUGUCUAUUCUUGUGCCAACAUCAAUGGUGUAUUGCAGUUCUUCCGUUCCACACUGAACAAUCAAAUACUGACUGUGGAUAACACAUUCAGUCCUGGAAGCUUUCGUGGCUCAGUGAAUAAUAGAAAGAUUCAAUGCAUUUUCACUGCUCCGGGUCUCGGCAGCAGCACCAACCGUGCUGCAGCAACAGAUCCUUAUGUGUUUGUUGUAACAGGCACGGUAUCAAAUGGAGGACUAGAUCCUCCAGUCAGUAGACUGGCGACAAAUGUGUCAGUGGACUUAAGCAACCCUAACAGCACAGAUGUUUCAUUAAUAACAAAUGUCACUGCAUCUACUACCACAGCAACAUCAACCACCACUGCAGCAUCUACAAACCUGACUCAGACUCCCUACAUGACCACCAACCUGAGUCAAACACCCCAAAAUCACUGCAUCCUCGAACAUCACUGCCUCAUCGAACGUCACUGCACCCUCGAAUGGCACUACAACAAACACGACCGCAGCCCCCAAAAUCACUUCAUCCUUGAACAGCACUGCCUCAGCAAAUGGCACUGCCUCCUCAAACUCCACUGCUUCCACGAACAGCACUGCAUCCUCGACUGGCACUGCAUCAAACACGACCGCGACCCCAAAAUCACUGCAUCUACUGCCUCUGCAAUAUUGACAGUUAAUAGUGGUUUAACAAAUGACAAGGUCACCAAAGACAACUGUAAGAAGGACAGGGCAUGUUUCUCCACUCCAGCCAGCUGUGAUCCAACUAGCUCAAGUAGCUGCUUUUUCGCCUCCACAAGAGCGGUGAUCGGAAACCCCGACAAUCUGACUUUUGAGCUCAGUGGAGAUGCAAAUGGUUACAUCGCAGUUGGUCUGUCUCGAGACAAGAAGGAGGGUGAUGACGACACCGUCUACUCUUGUGCCAACAACAACGGUGUGGCGAAGUUCAUCCGUGCCACACUGAAUAAUAGCAUUCUGACUCAGGAUGCAACUUUUAACCCUGGAUCCUUCCGUGGCAGUGUGAGCGGCACAAGAAUUCAGUGCAUUUUCAUAGCUGCAGGUCUCAGCAGCACCACGCGUGCCGCAAACACAAAUACUUUCCUCUAUUUCUUCACUGGCAACUACACAAAUGGCACUCUGGGGUCGCCUGUCACACGAAUGUCUACAAAUUCAUCGGUUGAUCUAACAAGCACUAACAGCUCAGACGUUGUCAUAAUAACACCCACUACGAACACAGACUCUAAUUCUACCACUGUUAUCGUUUCUACUGUUGCUACUAUUACAGCGGCAACGACGAAACCUGCUACUACAGCAGGGAGCAAUGCACUGCAUCUCGCUGUAUCUCAGGCUGCUCUGGUAAUUCUCUCAGGGAUCCUCGCAGUCCUCCUGUUGUAAGGAUGCUGCCAAAACAUCAUUUGCUUUCUGAAAUUGGUCGAUGAGCACUGAACGCUUGAUGAACCCAACACUAAAGUAUAUGUCAUUCAGCAUAGCCGUGCAAUAUUGUGACUCUGAAGAAAGGUGCCGACAUUAUGGGGAAGAGGGCAAUACAUCCAUUAUUUAAUCUGUGUGUAUAUGUGAGAGAGGCUGUGUUUGAGUGUGUGUUUUGUGAGCAUUAGUGCUUGCAUUGUACUUACGUACUGCUACUUAAAAUCAGGACCCUUUACAGAGAGGACUGAUAAAAAAAAAAUAAAUAGUAUACUUUUUAAUUUAACUGUGCAAGUGUGAUGCCACCACGUGGCUGAAAUGAUCAAAGAUAGUUAUUUUUAAAUGUCUUAAUUUAUUUUGCGACUGUUGCCUCAGACCUGCAGUUGCCUGUAAGUUUUAAUUAAAGCCACAUGUAUAUUUUUAUUUGAAAAAAAAUAUGUAUAAUAAAAUGUUAAUGUAAACAGUGAAA